AUGCCUCUGCACAUGUCUCCUCACAGCGUUCUCAGCGCUGCCCUCGGCGUCUUGGCCGUGUUCCCGGCAACUGCGUCUGCUGGCUGGCAGAGCUUCCCGCCGCAUCGCCGCACAGCUUCCUCGUGUCCAGAUUAUACCACUUUUUCGGGACAGCCUCAUGGACCGUAUUCGUCUGGUCCUCUGAAGCUGCCUUACAUGAGACCGAGCGAGGAGUGCAGAACGUUCAAGAGCCCAGCAGUCGAGAAAGUCAUCAGCGACUUGAAAUCUCGGCUCAAGGAUCCGGAUCUUGCUCGACUUUUUGAGAAUACUUUUCCGUCGACGCUGGAUACUACCGUCAAGUACUUUGAUCCGUCGCUAAAUCUGGCAUUCAUCAUCACUGGUGAUAUCACUGCACAAUGGCUGCGCGACACCGGGAACCAGUUUGCCCACCUGUACAAGCUUCUUCCACACGAUAAGAACCUUCAGGCCCUCGUCAAAGCAGUCAUCAACACAGAGGCGCGAUACAUUUCUCAGUAUCCAUACUGCGGCUCGUUUCAGCCACCUCCGGAGAGCGGGCUUGCUCCGAGUGUGAAUGACUGGGCCACAGGCGUUAGAGUCAACCCGCCUGUCAACAACCAGACGGUAUUUGAAUGCAAGUACGAACUCGACUCUCUUGCCGGAUUUCUCAAAAUCACGCGAUCUUACUACGCCAACACAAAGGACUCAUCCUUCAUCAAUGACAAUUGGAAUGCUGCGAUGAACCAAAUUGUUCGAGUCCUUUACGAACAGUCCCAGAGCAGUUGGUCGGAUGACUUUCAAUGGGUCAGCUACUACAACUGGACGGGCACUGCCGGUGCGCUCUCUCCAAUGGUACCCAACAGCGGCAAUGGCGAGCCGAAGCAGGCGAACGGUUUGGUUGCUUCCAGCCACAGGCCCUCGGACGACCUCUGUGUCUUUAACUUUAUCACUUCCGACAAUGCCAUGAUGUCUGUUGAGCUCGCCAACGUCGCAGACAUGCUCACCACCAUCAGAACCCAAAAGAGCCUCGCCAAGCAACUUCAGCAAUACUCCAAUACCAUUAAGCAAGCCGUCUGGGCACAUACUCGCGCUUCCAACGGCAUUUUUGCGUACGAAACCAACGGAAUCGGAGCGCAAUACAUCAUGGACGAUGCCAACGUACCUAGCCUGGUGUCGUUGCCGUAUCUGGGAUUCUUGGAGCGGAGCGAUCCUACCUACCAGAAGACCAAAGCCGCCAUGUUCUCGAGAGCGAAUCCGUACUAUGCUGUAGGAAAGACGUUUAAUGGCAUUGGAGGUCCUCACGUCAACGCCACUUAUCCUUGGCCCAUGAGUCAAAUUUCUGCCAUCUUCGGCACGGAUGAUGACAGGGAGAUUAAGCAGCGUCUGGCACUCAUCUUGGAGAAUACUAGCGGACUGGGAUUGAUCCAUGAGAGCGUCAACAUCUACAACGCGAGCGUGUACACUCGUCCGUGGUUCGCGUGGGCAAACAGUUAUUUUGCAGAGAUGAUUUUGGACUUGGCCGAGAGGAAGCCUAGUCUGAUUCUUAAGUCUGGGAAGCCGUACAAGAUUGGACAGUGA